UUAUAAGAAUUCAUACUGCGUUUACUCUUUGUUAUUCCUUCCAUCUCUUCCAAGAUUAUAGCAUACCCCAUAUCCUAAUCGAGUAAUCCUGAAUUGGGGCAUUUAACUUUAUCAGCUGUCCCGAACUUGAGACGCCUAGGACUGAGAAAAGGUUAUGAUGGAAGAAGGAGCAGAACUCAUAAAUAGGCCAUUCUUGGACCUUAGAGCAGCCGCUGAUCUCCUUAUGAAGCUUUAUGAAGUGAAAGCUGCAGACAUAGAAGAGAUGAAAAGUUUUACAGAUCAAAACUUCCACAUCAAAUUAGAUAUUCCCAUUACAGUAGGUUGCAGUGGUAACGAGAGAUCUGAUCAGUUUGUUCUAAAGCUGUACAACUCUAAAGAUUCUACUGAUGGGAACAGGGUAGAGUUAGCGGUAAACACCAUGGCAUACCUGUCCAAUAAAGAGUUUUGCUGCCCUCAACCAGUCUGCAAUAAACAUGGCAAACUUGUGCAUCUAGAGAAGGUCUCCUGCGAUGAAGGAAAUACAGGUGUGGAAGGUAAUAACGGAAAGCACGGUUUAUUCCUGGUUGUGCUUCUGUCAUUCAUGCCCGGUCAGCUUUUGAGUUCACUAGACCCUAUGCCAAAAGAGGUCAUAGUAUGUAUCGGCAGAAAACUUGCUCAACUGCACAAGAUCUUAGAGGCAUCCCUGGUUGGAUCAGCUGACAAAGAUUGUAACCUUCAAAGGUUGGUAAAGGACUUUGAGGAUUACAACCGCGAGAAACCAUCUACCUACUGCAGUGGAGAGUGGUCACUGGAGAGAGUGACCGGUCAGAGGCAUCUACUGGACCUAGUGGACGAUACUCGGCUUAGAGCUGCCAUCGCAAAGGUCAUUGACCUCUACGAGGAACACGUUGAACCUGUCCGGCAUCUUUUCAAGAAAGGAAUCAUUCAUGGAGACAUCAAUAAUGAUAAUGUGAUCAUCUCCAAGCAGCUCGAGUCUCACCAACCCUCCAACAAACGAUUCAUUGUGUCUGGGAUCAUUGACUUUGGUGAGGCAGCAUACUCCUGCCUCAUCUUUGACCUUGCGGUGGGUCUAUCAGAACUCGUGCUGGUCAACGGGACGUCCGCCGCCGGACGUUUCCUUCAGGGAUACCUCUCGCUGAACAGUAUACCAGACAUUGAGAAGAAGCUGCUGUAUUAUCUGGUGUUGGUGAGGUAUGCACAGCGUAUUAUGCUCAGUCUUGAAGCCAAACCAAGAGAUCCCCUAAAUGAUUACAUCAUGCAGGAUGUUGAAAACUGUGCAGGUCUACUCCUACAAUUGCUUCAAAUGCAGAAGGGUGAAGUGGAAACCAUCUGGAAUAUAUAGUCAACUAGUUUUUAAGUUAAUCUCAAAAACAGUACUACUCCAAAGCAUUCUUUAUUCAAUUAUCAAGAUUACCAAUGAUCAUGAAUAUUAAUCAUAUUUUUUUAUGUUUUUAACAUUUAUCUAGAAUUUUUGGAAACGUAAAAAAUAUCAGUUUUUUGUAUUUCUUAUCUCCUUGCUUCUGCUCUUAUUGUAUUUCAAAGUAAAAAUGAAAGUAUGAUUUUAUUUCCAAAUAAGGGUUAUUUUUUUUAUCUACCUUUAUUUGCUUGUGAUCCUUACAUGUUAUGAAGACAAAAGUAUAGCAUCAUGUAGUAUGCAACACCAAAAUGUGAUAUGAAGUAAAGUACUGUACAUGUAUUAAGGAAAGUAAUGUAAGUAAUUUUUGCUUGGUAUACAUUUUUUUUUAAUGUAUUCCUUUCACCGGUGUCCAUGUAUUGAGGAACAUGUGCAAUGUUUGUAUGAACUAUGAAGGCUGCAGAUAGUGCAGUUUGUUAUUUUCUUCUGUUUCUCAGGAUGUAUAGCAGAACACUUUGUUUAAGAUAUAUGAUGCAUUGUAUAGGAUUAUUAAAGCUCAUCUACAUGUGUGUAUCGACACUUCUAAUGCACAGAAAGUCAAAAAUAUCUGUUAGGUUUAUGGAAAUUUAUUGCCAAAUUUAUAAUAAUCUUUGUAUUCACAAAUCAUACACUAGUGAGUUAAGUACAUGUAUGUGUAUAUACAAAUCGUUGAAAAGAAAUAAUAUUAAAUCAUGUAAUGAAAAAGGUUACAUAUUUGUUUUCAAUUACAUUCAAUUCAUAUCGUUCAAUUAAAAUCUUUAUUCAACCUUUGUAAAACAAUUUACAGAGACAAUAUACAAUAUAAUAUUUGUACCCCUCAGGUAAAUAAUAUAAGUAUUUGCAUCCGAGAUCUAUGGUUGAUUUAUAUUCAGUGCUCCCUAACCACACAUUGUAAGGGUUAUACCACACUUGCUCUUCCGACAAUUGCUCUGCUUCAGUUUUAACUUCCGCCCGGACCUAACACUACACCUUA